UACGCAGUAGCAGAACUAGCAGAACUAUGCAGGGAAAGGCGUGUAUUGAGCGGGCACUUCGGCCUCUCCUUAGACUUCGAUGGCAACCCCGGACAAGGCAGCGACGCCAGCAGCAGUCUGCGACUUUCAAAUUACCACAGGAUAUUGGCUUCGCUGGAUACUCCCUUCUUGCCAUCCCCGUCGCAACCUUUGCCCUGGGAACAUGGCAGGUGAAAAGGCGGAAAUGGAAGUUGCAGCUUAUUGAUGACCUUGCCAAGAAAACGACAAUUCCUGCUGUAGACCUGCCUGAAGAUCUGAGAGAGCUGAACAAAAUGGAAUACCAACAGGUGAAGGUUAUGGGCACCUUUGACCACGAACGGGAGAUGUACGUGGGGCCGCGGUCAUGCAUCAAGCGAGAAGAUUCCGAAGGUGGCACACAGAAAAAUAGAGAUGGCAUCAUCUCUGCGCCAGGACAGACAGGAUACCUGGUCAUCACACCUUUCAAGCCUAAGGACCGAGACUUUUCAAUCCUUGUGAAUCGUGGCUGGGUCCCUAUGUCUGCAUUGGCUCCCCAAAAGCGGCUACAAGGGCAGAUAGAGGGCGAGGUAAACCUGGUUGGCAUAGUGCGCAGUCCAGAGAAGAGGCCACCUCUUGGUCCUAAGAACAAAAGUACAGACCGCACCUGGCUUUACAAAGAUGUGGAUCUGAUGGCUCAGGCCUGUGGAGCCGCACCUGUGCUUCUUGAUGCAAACUUUGAGAGCACUGUUGAAGGUGGACCUAUUGGAGGUCAAACUAAUGUGAGUCUUCGAAAUGAACACUUCUCGUAUAUCAUCACUUGGUACUCACUGAGUGCUGCCACUACGUUUCUCUGGUACCACAAGUACAUUCGUCACCGACCUCUAAUGUGACAUCUGCAAAGUAGUUGGCAGUAGCAGUGUGCACACCAUGGGAAAAAGAUACAGAAGCUUACUAGGCAAAGCUGUACAAUAAGUUUUGUGAAUGUGCACGAGUUAAAUAAAAAUGUCACCUCGUA